AUGACAACAUUGUUGAUCAAAUCAUGUUUGCAUCGUUCUUUUUACACAAAUACAGACCGCAAGGAAAAACAAGAAGAGAGGCGUGGACCAAGACGAGAUGACACAAGGCGUGAAAAUGAGAAAAAUACGCGAAUAUCCAAUGGCCCUGUUAGUCCCAGUGAAAGGAAAAACUUUAAUAAACCUCGUGGAGGUGGCUUUGGCAGGAGACGAGAUAACGAAUCAAAUUAUGGCGACAACAAUAAUCGUGAGGAAAGGAAGUCCGAUUCUGGGGAAAGACGAUCUGGUGGCUUUGGUAAUCGGGAGAACAGGGGUGAAAGAGGAGGGGGUUUUGGUGCACCAAGAGAUGAAGAACGUGGGAGUGGUAGAGGUCGUGGUGGUCGAGGGCGUGGGAAAAGAGGAGGCUUUGGUCGUGGACGAGGAAGAAGGGAAUUUGACAGACACAGUGGAAGUGAUAGAGCUUUUAUAUUUCAGAGAGUUUUCGUAAUUUUCAUCCAGAAUAUAUCUUGA